AUGUCGUUGACUAUGGGUCAACGCCCGCAGCUAGCAGCGAAAAGCACAUAUCGCUUAGGAGAGCUCGAAGAGUCAAUCCUGAAUUUACUCAAAGGUCCUAGUAUCCUCGGCCGCGAAACCAUAAACCUCUACAUCGGUCCGCAACGCAAGAAACUCCUCCUCCACACCAAACUCAUCACCCAACACGUCCCCCCAAACCGGCAACCAGGCGCCCACCACCGCUUCCGCGACGCCUCCUGGCUCGCCCACCAAGACGUCGAUGCCUUCAUCUUCAUCAUCGACUACAUGUACGACCGCGCCUGGCCCACCCUCGGCACCUCCCCCUUCCAACUCCUCAAAAUCUACGCCCUCGCCUCCCGCCUCGGCAUGUGCAAGCUCAUGGACCGCAUCAUGGUCACCGUGCUCCUCACUCAUGCCAACGCCUCCUGCUGCCACCGCACCAGCUUCAGCAUCCCGCAGAUCAGAUUCAUCCACACGCAACACCUGCCCGGCAGCAAAAUGCGCAAAUACAUAGCCCUCUCGAAAGCGUACAUGUAUCACCAUGCCGAGGAGGGCCAGUGGAACGCGUAUGCGGACCAAAUCGGCCAUUUUCAGGCGUAUCGCGAUGAUAUAUUUGAGAUGGUACAGAAAUACGGGAAUCUCAUGCGCGAAACGGAGAGUUUUGAGGGGUUUUUGAAGAAACUCGAUCCCUGCGAUUUUUGCGUGUUGCCGGAUGAGGUGGAUUGGGAUUUUAGUACGACGCCGAAGGAGGCGGAUCUGGUGAGACUGGGGAUUCUGAAGAGGAUUAUGGGGGAGGUGGAUGAGGGGUGGCGGAUGGGGAGGGUGGAGUGGAUAGAGGUUAUUGAGGAGGGCGUGGAGGUUGAUGUUGAUGAGGGGGAGGGUGCGCGGGAUAUUGAUAUGGGGGAUUUGCCGGAAAGGAUACCGUAUCCGCCUGCUAUUCUGAGACCGCGGUUUGUUUCCCGUUAG